AUGACUCCUACAGUGACGACGGUAUUCCAUACUGUUGCCGAAAAUUUGAAAGACGCUCUCAUCAAAGACAUCAAUGGGAGUGAAACCAAGGAGAUUGAUAUGCUUCUUUGGUGCAGUAAGGCAGCUCUGGAUUUAGUCGGUCGAGGAGUGUUGGGUCAUCAAUUUGGGAUCCUAAAAGGGAUAGAGUCAGAGUAUAGUCGUGCGAUUAAGAGCUGCAAUCCCGCCAUCACCCAGGCAAUGCCGUUCUUACCUAUAUUUUCGCUCGUUUAUCGUUUCGUCCCGACAUCGCUUCAGCGAAAAUUAGCGGAAUGGGUACCUAUCCAACUGGUGAGGAAGCUAAAGAACAUUGUUGAUAUACAAGAUGCGCAAGCAAAAUCAAUCCUAAUGCAAAAGCGAAAGGCCUUGAAUGAGCCAGGGGCGUCCAACAACGCGCGAGACAUAAUGUCCCUGCUAUUGAAGGCAAACUCUGAAGCAGAUCAAAGAGAUCAACUGCCAGAGAACCAGAUCCUUGGACAGAUGAAUACUCUGAUGCUUGCGGGCCACGAAACAACCAGCACUAUCUCUGGUAUUACAACUACUUUCUUUGAAUAUACCACUUCAGGAACGGCUAAGGGAGGAGCUACAAAAGCACCAUCUAUCCUAUCUUAUGAAGAACUCAGCUCCCUGCCUUAUCUCGAUGCCGUUUCGCUCAAAGACUGGGUUGUACCGCUGAGAUAUCCGUUGAAAGGGAAAGACGGUAACACGAUCACCGAUAUCAAGGUGAAAAAGGGCACUAGUAUUUAUGUGAGUUUCAGGGGAGCAAACCGAUGCAAGGAGACAUGGGGUGAGGAUGCAGACGAAUUCAAGCCAGAACGUUGGUUAAAGUUUUUACCCAACUCCGUUUAUGAGGCAAAAACAUCUGGUAUUUACUCUUCAAUCUGGGCCAAGGUCGUGCAUUGGCUUCAAGUUCUCUCUUUUAGAGCUCAUCGUUCCGAUUUGCACCCGGCUCAAUCAGAGUUAAAUGGUUUCCGUGCAUUACAAUGGUUCCAUACCCUGAAGGAACAGACAACUGUAUCGCAGAUGGAACGCAGCCAUGUAUGCCGCUGA